GAGAGGAUAGAGGGGAUGACGUGGAUUUUGACGAUGAUGAGACUUGGCUUCUUGAGUACCAACACAAGGAGGAUGGUCAGUAACAAAUAUUGUUGUAAUAUAAGUAAGCACAGACUGUUUCUUUGCCUGGGAGAGGAUAGAGGGGAUGACGUGGAUUUCGACGAUGAUGAGACUUGGCUUCUUGAGUACCAACACAAGGAGGAUGAUGAUGGUACGAGACUGUUCAUGGUGGCUGCUCACGAGUUUGGCCAUUCGCUCGGACUAGCGCACUCGUCCGAACCCACAUCCCUCAUGUUCCCCUGGUACAAGACAAUCGACUACAGCUUCGAUCUCUCUGAAGACGACCAACGUGGCAUCCAAACUCUGUACGGUAUCAAAAACAGAUGGGCAAAGAUUCCCACGUACAACCCUGGGUAUGGAAGACCACCUUGGCAGCCUCCUUACAGACCGUCAGCCAGGCCAACAACAACAACCACAACCACUACCACCACCACCACCACCACCACCACCCAUCGUCCAUACCACCGCCAUCACCACCACCCCACGACUCCUCCACAUCCCAGUAAGCCUGACACUUGUGAUACCAACUUUGACGCUGUCUCUGUCAUCAGGAGGGAAACGUUCUUCUUCAAAGGCCAGUACAUGUGGAGACUUUCAGAGAAAGGUGAAUUAUUGGAAGGAUAUCCCGCACUAAUCGUUUACCUCUGGAAAGAUCUUCCAAAGAAUCUCACACGCGUCGACGCUGUCUACGAACGACUUGACAAGAAAAUCGUCUUCUUUAUAGGGCGAGAAAUGUACGUCUUUGACGGCAACCGAUUGGAGCAAGGCUAUCCGAAGACGUUGAGCGUGAUAGGCUUGGCCCCGGAGAUUGACCACAUAGACGCAGCAAUGGUGUGGGGUUACAACAGCAAAACUUACCUCUUCAGUGGGAACAUCUACUGGCGCUUUGACGAAGAAGCGAGAUUCAUCGAGUUGGACUACCCAAGGGAGAUCACGACUAUGUGGAAAGGCAUGGGGUCACACUUCGACGCAGCAUUCCAAUGGAAAGAUGGAAAAACUUAUUUCUUCAAAGGUAAGGGAUUCUGGAAACUGAACGACAUGAGGAUGAGAGCUCAGAAUGACCACCCAAUCCCCUCGGCCGCGUUCUGGAUGGGAUGUCCAAACUACGACUUGGAAGAUCUCCCGAGUGAUCUCCCGAAAAAACCAAAAGGAAGAAAAAAGUGGCCAAAGGAGGAAAAGAGCGCUAUUACGUCAUCAAGCUCCUCCACAACAACUUCAAGCUUCUGUUUAUGUGCUUUGUUAUUGAAUUUUCUGUAUCAUUUACUGCCAAGAUGAACUUUUUAAAAUUUAGGCCUUUUUUGUAUUUAGCCACACCAAGUGAUAUUUUUACUAUGUAUAAAUUUGUACUUAUAAAUGAAACAGUUAGUCUGUUACGUAGCAAUUAAAAAAGCAAUGCUAUGUAAUAUUUUCCAAGCACUGCCUGAAUAUUUUUAUAUUUAUUUAAGCUUACUCAGAAUAAAAACUAAAGCUUUAUGUGUUGUUUUAAAAUGUGUUAUUGAAAACCUGUUCUAAACAGGUAUCUUUACCAGUGUUAAGUUUAUAUUAUUAUACAGGGUGUUGGGUAAAAGUGUUCCAAUACUUUGGGAUUUUGUUCCACACUUAAAAAAGUUCAUAUGAAGAUAUGUCCUGAAACCUUUAGUUUUCCAUCUAUCUAUCUAUCUGUAUGAGUUUGUAUAAAAAAAACCUUUGGAAGACCUUAUUUAAAAUAAAAUAUUAACAAAAUCCUUUACCUAUUUCAAAAUGGUGGAUGUUAGUUGGUUUUGAGUUAUUUUUAUGAAGUAAUUAAACGUCCGCUAUUUUGAAACAGGUAGAAGGAUUUUGCUAAUAUUUUAUUUUCAAAAAGGUUAAUACAAUUCUUGUUUUAUAACUUUUAACUGAUUCAAAAGAUUAAUUUCUUUGAUAAAAAACACAUACAGACAGAUAGACGGAAAGCUAAAGGUUUUAGGGCAUACCUUCAUAUGAACAUUUUUGCUCAUUUUUAUGUGUAGAACAAAAUACUUAAGUAUUAAAACACUUCCUGUGUAUUAGAAGCUUUAAUCUCAGUUGUCCCUCAGCAUUUACUCAGUAAGGGUUUUGUAAACUUACGAGUAAUAAUUCGAUGACUUAGCUGUGAAAUUAGACUUAAGAUUUUGUUUUAAUAAACCUUUUUCAUUCAUUCAAUUUAACCAAAGUCAUAUUGAAAAAUAAUUUGUACCAUUAUAAAGUGGAUAUUGUCCCAUUUCAUACCUAAUGUUAAAAAAAACAAUAUAUACUGUAGAAGAAAAUUCAUGUUUGUAUCUAAGGGUCCUUGCCUUCAUGGUUUUUGUGUUCCGGAUUAUUCCCUGUCGGUUCACGAGUGAUAUAUAUGAAAAAUAGAGAAACACCUCCUCUUGUUUCUGAGUAAAAACAAAUCUCAGAAUGCUAUUUCACAAUCUCUGCCGACUUCGGAAAUAUUACUGUAAUAAUGUGUUAAAUUUGUUUACAUAAUCAUAUUAAGUACAUUGGCAAUUAUGUAUUUGAUAUAAAACAGAUGGGUAACCAGCAAAACAUUUAAAUAAUUUGUUACUCUGCAUUUUGUAUGAAUGUUCACAAAGAAAAUUCAAAAUUACUUUAUUGUCUAUCAACCAAAAAUAUUAUUAGUAUUGGAUUUUUAAACUUUUAACUACGGUAUCUUAAAUUUUCAAUAAACAUUGAACUGCAAAAAGUACUUGCUCUGCCGAGAUUCGAACCCGGGUCACUCACUUGUUGGGCGAGAAUGUUACCACUACACCACAGAGCCCUUACUUUUUAUGAUUCCUGGAUUCGAGUCCCGGCAGAGCAAGUACUUUUAGCAAUUCAAUGUUUAUUGAUAAUUAAAUCAAGCUAUUGCCACUUUUACAAAUAUAUAAUUACAAUAUUUAAUAUAUAUGUUGUAUAAUUGUACAAUUAUAUAUAUAGGUUAUGUAAAAAUAUCAACAUAUGGUAUUUUUAGAAUGGAGUUAUUCUUAAUAAAAAGGACCUGCAGAUGGAUGAUAACAUGUUAGACAUCAGAGAGUCAUCUGAUUUCCAGAAGGAGGGUUAAAAGAUAUUAGUGUAGAUAAUGAGAGUAUUUUAUAUAUCGAUAUAAAUAAAUGUGACAUAACCAAAACUGCAAAGAUCUCAAUCCUCGUUUGCAUCGUUAUAAUUUCUGCCAAAUAUGGGUUGUACAAAUAUUAUAUGUCAAUUAUCUCAGUUUGUAAACAUAUCCUUUUUUAUUAAGUGAAAUUUCAGUGCAUUUUACCACAACUGUAGUUAUUUACGAAAAUUGUUCACGGAUCGUAAACUUGGAAAGGUCUAAUUUUAAACAUUUAUGUGUAAAAAUGUAGUUGUUAAGAGAAAUUGAUGAGAAAUUAAAUAACUGUGGUUCAACUUGUAAAUUGGUUUUUAUAUUUUUAAAGUAUACGUGUAAUAGAAUAAUACUUAUAUUCUUACUGAUAGAAAAAGUAAAAAUAUAUAUACGUAAGAUAUAAACUGUACAUUUCAAUAUUGUCAUGGUUCCAGAAAUUGUAAUUUGUAAAUUUUAGUGUUGUAUGGCACAAAAGAAUCAAUAAGGGAUAUGUUUCAGUAUCAAGGUUACAUAUGCAAUCCUAGCUACAUAGCAGUUCAGUGGUGUAUUCAGGUAUUUCCAUGAUACAAUAAACACGGAAGCUGUCUGCACUGUGUGACUCAUGACAGUGAACUAAGGAAGUGCUGACAUCUAGUAGAAAAUGCCAGAACUACUAUCGUGACGUGUGUGGUUUUCAUAAAACAUAACUUGGAAAUACUGAAAAUGCUUUGAAAUUUUUGCAAAACAUUUUUGGUAGUUAGGACUGCAUUGUACCUCCUAAAAACGUACAACACCGAGGAGAAAAUAUCUGGUUGAUUCUUUUGUCUACUGUAAUGUUGUUUUAUCAAUGUAUUUACUUUAAGUAAUCGUCACAGAAUGUAAACUGAAAAAUUGUAUUUAACCCUUUCCUCACAAUAUAUACUGCUUUCAAGAUCAAAUGUGUCUAAAUUAAAACUGUAAAUAACUAAUAGAUUGAAUCUACAGUAUCAUAUUUUGUUAAGGAAAAAACAAAGCUCUUACUACAAUUAUUUAAAACAAAAUUAAACAAUUUUCAACUAGGUUUUAUUUUAGUUUUAAAACACGUCUCCGAAUUCUUUUUUUAUCAACUGAAGCAAAUUUAGACUAAUUUAACUUCAAAUAUAAAAAAUUUCACAUUUGUCAAUAAAACAGAAUAAGCAAUGGGUCAAACAGGAUUGGGGAAUAACGGGUUUUUGGUGUGAGUACCAUUCCGGUUAUUGUGAAACAAAUAAAUACAUGAUCAUUUAUUGCUCUUUCGUAUCACUGAACGAUGGCAAAUGUCCUGAAAAGUCAUGUCAUUGAAACAAAUGUUUUAUAAUAGUGAAAUAUUUUAGUUAGUUGCACGUCCUGGGAAACAAGACCAAACGUGAGGUCUACCGCCAGCUCCAGUUGUAUUUAUGAAAAUACUAGCAGUUACCCGUGAAUUCGCACACAAUUUAUGUAGGCUUUGCAUUUCUAUGAGCACUGUUGAUGAUAUUUCCGACGCCAAUGUUGAGUUUGUCUUAUUGCUACAAUCAAGAGAAUCUGACAAAAAGUGUAUAUUUAUGGCCAUUGUGAUUUACUCCACUCUUAGUAUUUUUUUGUUCCAUAGUUGAUAUUGAGCUGUUUUGUCUGCAAAAAGUAAAAAUUAUACUAACUGUGAUAAGCCCCUCGAAGUCAAUACUAAAAUUGUGUUUCCACAGCAACCAAAAACUAAUUUAUUUUCAAAAUUGUGUCUAAGUACUUAAAAAAAUAGUUCUAUAUACUUUAAUGUUUGGAAAUACAAAAGCUUUAACUGUUUGUUGAAAAUGAGUAUACUUAAAAUUGCCAUACAUUUUUACCCCUGAUUGUGUUCAAAUAUAGCUUUUUUUACACCUACACAACAAAAUGUUUUAAUAUUUUUAUCUGUAGUCCUACCAUGCCUAUUUCAAAGUGAUUACUUUAGUUAAAUUAUAAAUAGUUUUUGGUAAACAAACACGACAACAGCCUGGCGGCUGCUUAUUGAAACAGCAAAAAAAUUGCGUUAAAAACAUCUGCCGAACCUCAGUUAUCUCCACAGAGUAUUAAAUCGAAGUAAAUUACAUACACAUAUGUAUGUACGUAGUGAAAUACGUGUGUUACAAAGAACGUACAAAAAACACGUUUUAUUCAACAGAAAUAAAACGUAAAAGCGUGCACAUCAACGGUGUGUGGGCAAGCGAGAACCGAACCGACCCACGGUCUUCGUAGGGUUAAGCUGAAAAACUUUCAUAGUAAAUAAUUCUAAUGUACAUUUUUCAUGAUAAAUACAAUUCCAAAUCUUUUUUCAACACAGACGUUUUGUUGCAACUUGUCUUCUACCUACUUUGUGAACGGAAAGGGUUGAAAUGUUAAAUUACGUUUGUGUGUGUGUGUACAAGCUGUGACAUGUCUGAAACUCAGCGUUGCAUGCCUCACUGUGCUUUUUCGAAGAUGUGUAUGGGAUUCCCCGGGCUCACCCAAGUGAUCUUACCAGAGUGGAACUUUGUUCAAAAGACUGAGUCUACGACUGAUUUUUAAAGAACGUUUUAAUGUAUAGAUUUUAAACGCUGUCGAUAUUGUUCAUUUAUUGUAUGUACACACCAGUAAGUGUUGUUACAAAUUAUAAAGUUGGAUGUGUAAUAUAUGUUUGUAAAA